GUCCUCUUGGUGAUGAUGUAUAUGGAGAAUAGAGGGUUUUGCUGUAAAAUGGGACUUCUAAUUGCACUCACUGGGCUGUGGCUGUUCUCAGUAAAAGCAGACUCAAAAGCCAUUACAACCUCUCUAACAACAAAGUGGUUUUCCUACCCACUGUUGUUAGAAGCCAGUGAAUUUUUAGCAGAAGACAGUCACGAGAAAUUUUGGAAUUUUGUAGAAGCCAGUCCAAAUAUUGGAUCAGCCGAUCAUCACGGUACUAAUUAUUCCUAUUAUCAUGCAAUAUUGGAAACUGCAUUUCAGUUUCUAUCACCUCUACAGCAGAAUUUGUUGAAAUUUUGUCUGUCUCUUCGUUCCUAUUCGGCUACAAUUCAAGCCUUCCAGCAAGUAGCGGCUGAUGAGCCUCCACCAGAAGGAUGUAAUUCAUUUUUCUCCGUGCAUGGAGAGAAGACUUGUGAUUUUGGUGUCCUGGAGACCCUUCUGUUAACAGCGUCUGGAAGACCCAAACCUUUAUUGUUCAAAGGAGAUCACAGGUAUCCUUCAUCAAAUCCUGAAAGCCCAGUGGUGAUUUUCUACUCUGAGAUAGGCCUUCAAGAAUUUUCUAGUUUCCACCAUCAACUUGUAUCAAAAAGCAAUGCAGGCAAAAUCAACUAUGUGUUCAGACAUUAUGUAUCUAAUCCCAGGAAGGAGCCAGUGCACCUCUCUGGCUACGGUGUGGAGUUGGCCAUUAAGAGCACUGAGUACAAGGCCAAGGACGAUACUCAGGUGAAAGGAAUUGAGGUAAAUACUACAGUCAUUGGUGAAAAUGAUCCCAUUGAUGAAGUUCAAGGGUUUCUCUUUGGAAGGCUAAGAGACCUGCAUCCUGAGCUGACUGAACAGUUGAAAGAACUCAGAAAGCAUCUUGUGGAGAGCACCAAUGAAAUGGCACCUUUGAAAGUUUGGCAAUUACAAGACCUCAGUUUCCAGACUGCUGCCCGAAUCUUGGCUGCUCCUGCAGAGCUAGCUUUGGUGGUUAUGAAGGAUGUUAGUCAGAAUUUUCCCACCAAAGCCAGAGUGAUAACAAAAACAGCUGUGAGUUCAGAACUUAGAACUGAAGUGGAAGAGAAUCAGAAGUAUUUCAAGGGAACUUUAGGAUUACAGCCUGGAGAUUCAGCUCUCUUCAUCAAUGGACUUCAUAUUGAUUUAGAUACACAGGAUAUAUUCAGUCUGUUGGAUGUAUUGAGGAAUGAAGCCCGGGUCAUGGAGGGUCUUCAUAGACUCAGAAUAGAAGGCCUUUCUCUGCAUAAUAUUUUGAAGCUGAACACCCAGCCCUCUGAGGCUGGAUAUGCCAUUGACAUCAGGAGUCCAGCUAUUUCCUGGGUCAACAACCUGGAAGUGGAUAGCAGAUACAACUCUUGGCCUUCCAGUCUGCAGGAGUUGCUGCGGCCCACCUUUCCCGGUGUCAUCAGGCAGGUCAGGAAGAACUUGCACAACAUGGUGUUCGUAGUUGAUCCUGCGCGUGAGAACACAGCAGAGUUGAUUAGCACAGCUGAGAUGUUCCUCAGUAAUCAUAUACCUCUAAGAAUUGGUUUUAUCUUUGUCGUUAAUGACUCUGAAGAUGUUGAUGGCAUGCAGGACGCUGGAGUGGCUGUUCUCAGAGCAUAUAAUUACGUGGUCCAGGAUAUGGAUGAGUAUCAUGCCUUCCAAACUCUGAACCGUAUCUAUAACAAGGUGAAAACUGGAGACAAAGUCAAAGUUGAACAUGUGGUCAGUGUCCUGGAGAAGAAAUAUCCAUAUUUAGAAGUGAAUAGCAUUUUGGGGAUUGAUUCUGCUUAUGAUCAGAAUCGGAAGGAAGCAAGAGGCUACUAUGAGCAGACUGGCAUUGGUCCGCUGCCUGUUGUUCUGUUUAACGGGAUGCCCUUUGAGAAGGAACAGCUAGAUCCUGAUGAGUUGGAAACCAUUACAAUGCACAAAAUCCUGGAGACUACUACCUUCUUCCAAAGAGCAGUGUACCUGGGUGAACUGUCGCAUGAUCAAGAUGUGGUAGAGUAUAUCAUGAACCAGCCAAAUGUUGUUCCACGAAUCAAUUCUAGGGUUUUGACAGCUGAGCGAGAAUACCUGGAUUUAACAGCAAGUAAUAACUUCUUUGUGGAUGAUUAUCCUAGAUUUUCUGUCUUGGAUUCCCAAGGCAAGACCGCUGCUAUAGCCAAUAGUAUGAACUAUCUGACGAAGAAAGGAAUGUCCUCCAAGGAAGUCUAUGAUGAUUCUUUUAUCAGGCCAGUAACCUUUUGGAUUGUUGGAGACUUUGAUAGUGCUUCUGGACGGCAGUUACUGUAUGAUGCUAUUAAACACCAGAAAUCCAGUAACAAUAUUAGGAUCAGCAUUAUCAAUAAUCCCAGUAAAGAAAUAAGUUAUGAGCACACUCAGAUCUCCAGAGCAAUCUGGGCAGCUCUCCAGACGCAGACCUCCAACUCUGCCAAGAACUUCAUCACUAAAAUGGUCAAAGAGGACACUGCAGAGGCGCUGGUGGCCGGGGCAGACAUCGGGGAUUUCUCUGUUGGGGGCAUGGAUUUCAGUCUUUUUAAAGAGGUGUUUGAGUCUUCCAAAAUGGAUUUCAUUUUGUCUCAUGCCGUGUACUGCAGGGAUGUCCUGAAGCUGAAGAAGGGACAGAGGGCAGUGAUCAGCAACGGAAGGAUCAUUGGGCCACUGGAGGAUAGUGAGCUUUUUAAUCAAGAUGAUUUCCACCUCCUAGAAAAUAUCAUCUUGAAAACUUCAGGACAGAAAAUAAAAUCUCAUAUUCAACAGCUUCGAGUAGAAGAAGAUGUGGCCAGUGACUUAGUAAUGAAGGUGGAUGCUCUCCUGUCAGCUCAACCCAAAGGAGAUGCAAGAAUUGAGUACCAGUUUUUUGAAGACAGACACAGUGCAAUUAAACUGAAGCCGAGGGAAGGAGAGACGUACUUUGAUGUUGUGGCUGUCGUUGACCCUGUCACCAGAGAAGCACAAAGGCUCGCCCCGUUGCUGUUGGUUUUAACUCAACUGAUAAACAUGAAUUUAAAAGUGUUUAUGAAUUGCCAAUCUAAACUUUCGGACAUGCCUCUGAAAAGCUUUUACCGUUAUGUCUUAGAACCAGAAAUUUCUUUCACUGCAGAGAAUAACUUUGCUAAGGGUCCAAUAGCAAAAUUUCUGGAUAUGCCACAGUCUCCGUUGUUCACCCUGAAUCUGAAUACACCUGAGAGUUGGAUGGUAGAAUCUGUCAAAACACCGUAUGAUCUUGAUAAUAUUUAUUUAGAAGAGGUGGACAGUGUAGUGGCUGCUGAGUACGAGCUGGAAUACCUGUUACUUGAAGGGCAUUGCUAUGACAUCACCACAGGCCAACCCCCACGGGGACUGCAGUUUACCUUGGGAACUUCAGCCAAUCCUGUCAUUGUGGACACCAUUGUUAUGGCCAAUUUGGGCUACUUUCAGCUAAAAGCCAACCCAGGAGCUUGGAUUCUCAGACUUAGGAAGGGACGCUCUGAAGAUAUUUAUAGAAUCUACAGCCAUGAUGGUACGGAUUCUCCUCCUGAUGCUGAUGAGGUGGUUGUCAUUCUCAACAACUUCAAAAGCAAAAUUAUUAAAGUGAAGGUUCAGAAGAAGGCAGACAUGGUGAACGAAGACUUGCUGAGUGAUGGAGCAAAUGAGAACGAAGCUGGAUUCUGGGACUCAUUCAAGUGGGGCUUUUCAGGAGGACAGAAGAUUGAGGAGGUGAAACAAGAUAAAGAUGACAUUAUUAAUAUCUUCUCCGUUGCAUCUGGACAUCUCUACGAAAGAUUUCUGCGUAUAAUGAUGCUGUCAGUGCUGAAGAAUACCAAGACUCCUGUGAAGUUCUGGUUCUUGAAGAAUUAUUUGUCCCCCACAUUUAAGGAGUUUAUACCUUACAUGGCAAAUGAAUACAAUUUCCAGUAUGAGCUUGUUCAGUACAAAUGGCCCCGGUGGCUUCAUCAGCAGACUGAAAAACAGCGUAUCAUCUGGGGCUACAAGAUCCUCUUCCUGGAUGUACUUUUUCCACUAGCUGUUGACAAAUUCCUGUUUGUGGAUGCUGAUCAGAUUGUACGGACAGAUCUGAAGGAGUUAAGGGAUUUCAAUUUGGAUGGCGCCCCUUAUGGUUAUACCCCGUUCUGUGACAGCCGAAGAGAAAUGGACGGCUACAGGUUCUGGAAAUCAGGAUACUGGGCCAGCCAUUUAGCUGGGCGGAAGUACCACAUCAGUGCAUUGUACGUUGUGGAUCUGAAGAAGUUUAGGAAAAUAGCUGCUGGAGACAGACUCAGGGGACAGUACCAAGGACUGAGUCAGGAUCCCAACAGCCUUUCAAAUUUGGAUCAAGAUCUGCCCAAUAACAUGAUCCAUCAGGUACCAAUCAAGUCAUUGCCUCAAGAAUGGCUUUGGUGUGAAACGUGGUGUGACGAUGCCUCUAAGAAAAGAGCCAAGACCAUUGAUCUGUGCAAUAAUCCGAUGACCAAAGAGCCUAAGCUGGAAGCUGCUGUGCGAAUUGUCCCAGAGUGGCAGGACUACGAUCAAGAGAUCAAACAGGUCCAGAUCCGUUUUCAGAAGGAGAAGGAAAUGGGAACACUGUUUGAGAAGAAAACAAAAGAGCCGACCCAGGAAGCAUCUCAGACACGUGAAGAAUUAUGAUCUCUGGAGGAAGAUGGGAAGUGGCACCACUGAAAAACAGUUUUCUACUAAAUGCUAGUCUUUUCUGAUCUGUCUAUACAACUGCUGAUAAACUCAGUGAACAGGUGUGCCAGCCCUUUUGAUGCCGAGCAUUUGAUUUUGACUUCUGCACACCGGUGGGCACUGGAUCUUCGGGGUCAGGGCUCUGUUGGCUUUGUACCUCAGAGGAAGACAAGUGGCUGAUCUUCUGGGACUCUGUAAAGAGCAAUCUUCUCACCAGAGGAGGAGAUGGUGGCGGCGGCAGCAGGAAAAUGAAUCUUUUGGAGCCCACAUCCAAGAGCACACACAUGCUGCACUGACCUGGGAAGGCGGCCAGUAGAGCCGCCGUGUCCUUCCUUACCUCAGUUUCCCUGCAGCUCGGGCUGCCCCUCAGAGGCCCACCCAGUGUGGCUUAUGCCAGCAGAAACCUUGUCUGAGGCCCACACACCUAGAAAUUGAUGCCAGCCUUCCCUACACACAUACCCAUCUCUUCCCAAGUGCUAGGUCCGUUCUUCAGUCAAAACCAAACCAACAGUUGUGUAUCUUCAGAGUUGGCUCAGUACAGUGGCUAAGCAAAUUAAUUUUGGGCCAGGUGAGGAUGGUUGGUUGGGGUAAAAGGGUAGAGAAAAUAGGCAUAGGAGGGCUCUGGGGUGUUGGGGGAGGAGAUUGGAAUUUGCUGGUUGUCUUUUAUAAAUCAUCACCAUGUGGCUAAUAUGAAAUGAAACCUUACCCCCCAUCUCAGUCCCAGUGAACCUUCCUAGGUAAUUGUUUUGUAAACAGUUUUUGUAUUUGUGAAAGGCUUUGCUUUUACUUUCCACUUGCUUUAAAAUCAGCCGUUUCAUGACUGGACAUGGCCAUCCCGAGUGACCUAGUGACCUGUCUCAGGGGACUUGGGCUCCCUCCACAUGGUCACCUCAUCAUUUUCCCCUUCCCACUUAGCAUUUUCUCAGGCUGAGACAGCUGGCUUGGAUUUUUCUCACCAGUGCUACCAGUCUAAGGCCAGGAAGGAUUCUGACUGUGGACUCGGGCUUUUGUAUUCAGCGUCCUGUGCUCCUUUUGUUUUAGCUUUGCGAUUUCUUGGCUGGCAGAAAGGAGCGUUCACAGCAGUUCUUUCGCACUGUUGCUGCCCCAUCGAGCGCUGUGGUCAGCCCCUUAGCUACUCCUCUCUCCUUCACAGCCCAGCAUUGCCCCAGGAGGUGGCGUGGCUGAGGGAUGGGCUAGGAUCCUCCGUGUCGGUAAUUCAGCAGCAUGAGCCCUGCAUCUGCCUCCAAUUCACGUGGACGUGUUCCUAUUUUGCUCACUUUUAAAAAAUACGAAGGGUGCGGAGAGCUUGGUGAAAGUGCUUGCUAGUAUAGUGAGGCCUUACAUUUUAUCCCCUCCCACAUAAAAUAGAAAAAUACAUACAGCUGCAAGUGGAUAGCUAAGUUUUUACCCCUUCUAAGCCAUUGAUGUGCACUUUUUCAAAAACCACAGUCUUACUCCAUAUAUCAAUAAUUUAUCUUUUCCAUUUUCAGAUGCAAUAGGGCAGCUAGCUUAGGAGCCUCACAAUCUGAAGUUUUUGUUUUGUGUUGGUUUGGUUUUGGUUCUUGGUCUUUGAGGCAGCAUCUUCCUACGUAGCCCAAGCUGACCUAGAGCUCAAAAGCCUCCACAGUGCUGGGAUUCCAAGUAUGUGCCACCACGUCCAGCUCUGAGGGACCUGACUUUGCUUUCAUGCUUUCAUAAGAAGUUGAGGAAGGAAGACAGACAGGCAUGGUUUCUCCCAGCCCAGCCCUAAUCUGGGCCAGGCAGCUAAAGGGAUAAGAUUGUGACAUCAAGAAACUUUUGUUCAGGCUUCAUCUUUACCUUUAAGCUUUCAGAGAGGGUGCUGCAGCUGCUGUCCAGAAUUGCUGGCAGAAAUGUACCUUUUCCCCAGGCACUGUCUGGGAGGUGGAGCAGGAAAUACUUAAGCCAGUGUGUAUGCUUUUAAAUGCUGAUUCCACUAGGCAGCUUUCUCCCAGUCUUCCUACUGUCUUGAAUUUUCUACAUAAAAGGAGGGUGCAGAGCUUUUAAAAUACAUACAUUCUCUGUAGGGGGUGUGGACCUCGGGAGACCGAGGUCUGAAGCCUUAUUAGUUGUUGACUGAAGGAUGCAAGCUUGCUUCUGAGGAGGUCCAGCCCUCUCCUGCCAGUCUCGGUGUAGCGUAAUCCCCAGUACCCAGGGAAUGGUGUUACCACUGUAACAUAGUCCUGUCUGCUCAGAGAACGCAUACUGUGCCUGGAAAGAGGCAAUAGAUUUUUUUCCCCAAAAGCAGGAACUGAUAGCUCUGAAAGUUCUAACUUCUGGAAACUCACAGUGCAUUGUUCUUAGCAUUUAUGUAUAAUGGGUUGUCGUGCCCUACUAGAAAUUGCCCUUUCUGAAUUAGCAGUGAUACCAGAUAAUGUGAUGUGUCAGGAUGCUGUGCAGUGGUGUGAGCCUGUUUUCAUGUCCCGUGAGCAGUGUGUCCGAGAUCAGACCCUGUCACGGGGUGCACCUGGGCUUGGAGAACGUGUCCUGAGCACUCAGCACGUUGAGCAGUGGUGUGUGGGUUUUCAGUAAGCCGGUGGGGGGGAAAGAGUCUGUCAGAAGGUGCAUGUCAGAUUGGGCACUCAGAUGUUGCAUAUCUAAGCGCACAGGCCUCACAGUGGCCCAUGCGUUGUGUGAGCUCCACUCUUAGGAAAGCAUGGAGGACCUAUUGUGUAUAUUAAGCCAAUUUCUGUAAAAGGAGCUUAAUUUUCUCUGCUAUUUGUACAUCUUCAUGUUCUGAACCUUUUUAAGGCUCCGCCUAAACAAUUUUUAUGAAGGGCAGAAAGCUGGAGCGAGGAGUGCAGUUUUUAGAAGACUCGCCCAGGUGCGAGGGAGGAAGGAGAUCUGCAAACUCCGUGUAGCUGGGAAGUGUACUCUUGCGCAGAAUGGCCCCUCUCCUCCGCUUUCCCGUGAGAGCAGUCUUUUUCUAAACUUGCUGUUCCGAAUUUUGCGUGAAUGAAUAAAAGAAAUAAUUCAAGAGUUACAAGGGAAUUCUGGUCCAUUUUUCCUGGAUAGCAUUUCCUUGAAAUGGAAGUUGAGGCCAGGGAUUUAGUUCAGUGGUUCUGCCGCCUGACUUGAAAGCACAAGGACCCGAGUUUGAUCUCCAGUACCAAAAAAAAGAAAUGGAAAUUGAGCAGUAAAGCCACUUGAUGGAAACUUUGUCUUGGUACCAAAAGUGAAGGGUGAAUAAAAAAAUGGAAGAUGUAUUAUGUGCAAAGUUAUUUAUGUAUACCAUUGUUUAAUUUUAAUAAUUAACGUUUUAAGUACUUGAUUUUACAGGGGCAUUCUCUGGCAGUAAUCAGAGUCAAAUGUAGCUUGUCAGAGGCUUAGUCUGGUAGGGUAACAGCAUUUUAUUUAAAUUCUUGUUUUCCCUGCCUUAGUGUAGUGAAGAAAGGGUCUAAAUUAGGGCUGUUCAUUAUCUGAUUGCAUUUAUGACCAGCUCAUGUCACUGCUGAGGUUUCAGAGGACCAGGUCGGUGCACACUUCUCCAUUAACACAGAAACAAUGCUUCUGUGCUCCGUGGCACUAAGUGCUGACAGUUUACAAAAA